GGCCGCCGCGGCGUGCGGCCGCGUCACGUGAUCCGCCAUGCACGGGGGCCCGCCCUCCGGGGACAGCGCGUGCCCGCUGCGCACCAUCAAGCGCGUGCAGUUCGGCAUCCUCAGCCCCGAUGAGAUGAAACGGAUGUCGGUGACGGAGGGAGGGAUCAAGUACCCCGAGACAACGGAGGGGGGCCGCCCCAAGCUAGGGGGCUUGAUGGACCCCCGGCAAGGAGUGAUCGAGAAGACGGGCCGGUGCCAGACAUGUGCAGGGAACAUGACCGAGUGCCCAGGCCACUUCGGCCACAUUGAGCUGGCCAAGCCCGUCUUCCACGUGGGCUUCUUGGGGAAGACCAUGAAGGUGCUGCGUUGCGUCUGCUUCUUCUGCUCCAAGCUGCUGGUGGAUUCGAACAACCCGAAAAUCAAGGACAUCCUGGGCAAGUCCAAGGGGCAGCCCAAGAAGCGCCUGACCCAUGUCUACGACCUUUGCAAAGGCAAGAACAUCUGUGAAGGUGGGGAGGAAAUGGACAACAAGUUCGGGGUGGAGCAGCCGGACGGCGACGAGGACCUGACCAAGGAGAAGGGUCACGGCGGCUGUGGGCGGUACCAGCCCCGCAUCCGGCGCACCGGGCUGGAGCUCUACGCCGAGUGGAAACACGUCAAUGAGGACUCGCAGGAGAAGAAAAUCCUGCUCAGCCCCGAGCGGGUGCACGAGAUCUUCAAGCGCAUCUCAGACGAGGAGUGUUUCAUUCUGGGCAUGGAGCCCAAGUACGCCCGGCCCGAGUGGAUGAUCUGCACUGUCCUGCCUGUGCCCCCACUCUCUGUCCGGCCCGCCGUGGUCAUGCAGGGCUCGGCCAGGAACCAGGACGAUCUGACCCACAAGCUGGCGGACGUGGUGAAGAUCAACAACCAGCUGCGGCGCAACGAGCAGAACGGGGCGGCUGCCCACGUCAUCGCCGAGGAUGUCAAGUUGCUGCAGUUCCAUGUGGCCACCAUGGUGGACAACGAGCUGCCUGGCCUGCCCCGGGCUAUGCAGAAAUCGGGGCGUCCCCUCAAGUCCCUGAAGCAGCGGCUGAAGGGGAAAGAGGGGCGCGUGCGGGGGAACCUGAUGGGAAAGCGGGUGGAUUUCUCUGCCCGGACGGUCAUCACGCCGGACCCCAACCUCUCUAUCGAUCAGGUGGGGGUGCCCCGCUCCAUUGCCGCCAACAUGACCUUCGCCGAGAUUGUCACGCCCUUCAACAUCGACAGGCUACAGGAACUGGUACGCAGGGGUAACAGCCAGUACCCGGGGGCCAAGUACAUCAUCCGAGAUAACGGCGACCGCAUUGACCUGCGCUUCCACCCCAAGCCCAGUGACCUCCACCUGCAAAUUGGCUACAAGGUGGAGCGACAUAUGUGCGACGGGGACAUCGUGAUCUUCAACCGGCAGCCCACGCUGCACAAGAUGUCCAUGAUGGGGCACCGAGUACGAAUCCUGCCCUGGUCCACUUUCCGCCUCAACCUCAGCGUGACCACCCCCUACAACGCUGACUUCGACGGGGACGAGAUGAACCUCCACCUGCCCCAAUCGCUGGAGACGCGGGCGGAGAUCCAGGAGCUGGCUAUGGUACCCCGCAUGAUCGUCACCCCCCAGUCCAACCGGCCCGUCAUGGGCAUCGUGCAGGACACCCUCACGGCCGUCCGCAAGUUCACCAAGCGCGAUGUCUUCCUGGAGCGGGGCGAGGUGAUGAACCUGCUUAUGUUCCUGUCCACGUGGGACGGCAAGGUGCCCCAGCCGGCCAUCCUCAAACCCCGCCCGCUCUGGACGGGCAAACAGAUCUUCUCCCUCAUCAUCCCGGGCCACAUCAACUGCAUCCGCACGCACAGCACCCACCCCGACGACGAGGACAGCGGGCCCUACAAGCACAUCUCGCCCGGCGACACCAAGGUGAUCGUGGAGAACGGGGAGCUGAUCAUGGGCAUCCUGUGUAAGAAAUCACUCGGCACCUCGGCGGGCUCCCUCGUCCACAUCUCCUAUCUGGAGAUGGGCCACGACACCACCCGCCUCUUUUACAGCAACAUCCAGACGGUCAUCAACAACUGGCUGCUCAUCGAGGGUCACACCAUCGGCAUUGGGGACUCCAUCGCUGACGCAAAGACCUAUCAGGACAUUCAGAACACCAUCAAGAAAGCCAAGCAGGACGUCAUAGAGGUACCAGGGAUUGAUCGAGAGGCACAACAACGAGCUGAGCCCACGCCGCAACAAACGCUGCGGCAGACCUUAAGAACCAGGGUGAACCGCAUCCUGAACGACGCCGGCGACAAGACCCGCUCCUCCCGCCCAGGAGCCCUGUCCGAGUACAAGCAACUUCAAAUCCAUGGGGUGUCCGGGGGCCAAGGGCUCCAAGAUAACAUCUCCCAGGUGGGCGCUGUGGGUGGGCAGCAGAACGUGGAGGGAAGCCUCCCCAUUUGGGUACAGCACCGCACAACGUGCCCCACUUCUCAAGGACGAUACGGCCAAGAGAGGUCGGGCUUCGUGGAGAACUCCUUGGCCGGCCUGACGCCCACUGAGUUCUUUCUUCCACGCAUGGGCGGCAGCCGAGGGCCUCAUCGAACACGGCUGUCAAGCACCGAGACCGGGUACAUCCAGCGGCGGCUGAUCAAAUCCAUGGAGUCGGUAAUGGUGAAAUACGACGCCACCGUGCGCAACUCCAUCAACCAGGUGGUGCAGCUGCGCUACGGCGAGGACGGGCUGGCCGGGGAGAGCGUGGAGUUCCAGAACCUGGCCACCCUCAAACCCUCCAACAAGGCCUUCGAGAAGAAGUUCAAGUUUGACUACACCAACGAGCGGGCGCUGCGGCGCACCCUGCAGGAGGAGAUGGUGAAGGACAUCCUGAGCAACGCACACAUCCAGAACGAGCUGGAGAGGGAGUUCGAGAAGAUGCGCGAGGACCGCGAGGUGCUGAGAGUCAUCUUCCCGACCGGCGACAGCAAGGUGGUUUUGCCCUGCAACUUGCUUCGCAUGAUCUGGAACGCCCAGAAGAUCUUCCACAUCAACGCGCGCCUGCCCUCCGACCUGCACCCCAUCAAGGUGGUGGAAGGCGUGAAGGAGCUGAGCAAGAAGCUGGUGAUCGUGAACGGGGACGACCCGCUGAGCCGGCAGGCCCAGGAGAACGCCACCCUCCUCUUCAACAUCCACCUGCGCUCCACGCUCUGCAGCCGGCGCAUGGUGGAGGAGUUCCGGCUCAGCGGGGAGGCCUUCGACUGGCUGCUGGGCGAGAUCGAGUCCAAGUUCAACCAGGCCAUCGCUCACCCGGGCGAGAUGGUGGGCGCCCUGGCGGCCCAGUCGCUGGGCGAGCCCGCCACCCAGAUGACCCUGAACACCUUCCACUACGCCGGCGUCUCGGCCAAAAACGUCACGCUGGGCGUGCCCCGGCUGAAGGAGCUGAUCAACAUCUCCAAGAAACCCAAGACGCCCUCCCUCACCGUCUUCCUGCUGGGGCAGUCGGCCCGGGACGCCGAGCGGGCCAAGGAUAUCCUGUGCCGGCUGGAGCACACCACCCUGCGCAAGGUGACGGCCAACACGGCCAUCUACUACGACCCCAACCCGCAGAGCACGGUGGUGGCAGAGGACCAGGAGUGGGUCAAUGUCUACUACGAGAUGCCCGACUUCGACGUGAGCCGCAUCUCGCCCUGGCUGCUGCGGGUCGAGCUCGACCGCAAGCACAUGACCGACCGCAAGCUCACCAUGGAGCAGAUCGCUGAGAAGAUCAACGCUGGCUUCGGGGACGACUUGAACUGUAUCUUCAAUGACGACAACGCAGAGAAGUUGGUGCUGCGGAUCCGCAUCAUGAACAGCGACGAGAACAAGAUGCAGGAGGAGGAGGAAGUGGUGGACAAGAUGGACGAUGACGUUUUCCUUCGCUGCAUCGAGUCCAACAUGCUGACGGACAUGACCUUGCAGGGCAUCGAGCAGAUCAGCAAAGUGAGGGGCCUCUGCCGGCUGGGGGGUGACAGAACCGGGCUGGGCCUGCCCCAGGGCACUCUGGGUAACUUGGCUAGAGCCAGGGGACAGGAGUGUGACAGCUGGUCUUGGCCUGCCCCAGGGCAGUCUGGCUUCAGUCGCACCACGUCCGUCACUUCCUGUCCUAAACUGCUGUCCUGGGUUCUCUCCCCAGCUCUGGGAAGGGAGUGGGGGCUGGUGGUUAGGGCAGGGUGGAGACCCUGCAGUAUCUGGGCCCGUUGCUGGCCCCAGCAGAGGGGGCCCCUUGCUAAGGGGGCUCCGGUGACAUCCCCCCAGGUGCUGGGCAUCGAGGCAGUGCGCAAGGCCCUGGAGCGGGAGCUCUACCAUGUCAUCUCCUUCGACGGCUCCUACGUCAACUACCGGCACCUGGCGCUGCUCUGUGACACCAUGACCUGCCGCGGUCAUCUCAUGGCCAUCACCCGGCACGGGGUCAACCGCCAGGACACUGGCCCCCUCAUGAAGUGCUCCUUCGAGGAGACGGUGGACGUGUUGAUGGAGGCGGCGGCCCAUGGGGAGAGCGACCCCAUGAAGGGGGUGUCGGAGAACAUCAUGCUGGGGCAGCUGGCACCCGCUGGCACUGGCUGCUUCGACCUGCUGCUGGAUGCCGAGAAAUGCAAAUACGGCAUGGAGAUCCCCACCAACAUCCCUGGGCUGGGCGUGGGCGUCCCCACCGGCAUGUUCUUCGGCUCGGCCCCAAGCCCCAUGGGGGGGAUGUCGCCUGCCAUGACCCCCUGGAACCUGGGGGCCACCCCGGCCUACGGAGCCUGGUCCCCAAGCGUUGGCAGCGGCAUGACCCCCGGCGCCGCCGGAUUCUCCCCCAGUGCUGCCUCCGAUGCCAGCGGCUUCAGCCCAGGCUAUUCUCCUGCGUGGUCCCCCACCCCCGGCUCGCCCGGCUCCCCAGGCCCCUCCAGCCCCUACGUACCAUCACCAGGUGGGGCCAUGUCUCCCAGCUACUCCCCGACAUCGCCGGCGUACGAGCCCCGCUCGCCCGGAGGGUACACGCCCCAGAGCCCCAGCUACAGCCCUACGUCCCCCUCGUACAGCCCGACGUCCCCCUCCUACUCUCCCACCAGCCCCAACUACAGCCCGACUAGUCCGAGCUACAGCCCAACAUCGCCCAGCUACAGUCCCACCAGUCCUAGCUACAGCCCGACGUCGCCCAGCUACAGUCCCACCAGUCCUAGCUACAGCCCGACGUCGCCUAGCUACAGUCCGACCAGCCCCAGCUACAGCCCGACGUCGCCUAGCUACAGUCCCACCAGUCCCAGCUACAGCCCGACGUCGCCUAGUUACAGCCCCACUAGCCCAAGCUACAGCCCCACUAGCCCAAGCUACAGCCCCACCUCGCCCAGCUACAGCCCAACCAGCCCUAAUUACAGCCCGACUUCCCCCAACUACACCCCCACCAGCCCCAGCUACAGCCCGACAUCACCCAGCUACAGCCCCACCAGCCCCAACUACACCCCGACCUCGCCAAAUUAUAGCCCCACCUCUCCCAGCUACAGCCCGACGAGUCCCAGCUACAGCCCGACAUCUCCGAGCUACUCACCCUCCAGCCCCCGCUACACCCCGCAGUCGCCAACCUACACCCCCAGUUCGCCCAGCUACAGCCCUAGCAGCCCCAGCUACAGCCCGACCAGCCCCAAGUACACCCCGACCAGCCCCUCCUACAGCCCCAGCUCGCCCGAAUACACCCCAACUUCUCCGAAGUACAGCCCUACCUCCCCGAAGUACAGCCCCACCUCGCCCAAGGGCUCGACCUACUCCCCGACCUCGCCUGGCUACAGCCCCACCUCGCCGACCUACAGCCUCACCAGCCCGGCCAUCAGCCCCGAUGACAGCGACGAAGACAACUGAGGGGGUGUGGUGCCUGGGUCCUUGCAGCUCAGGGGGUGAGCCAUUUAAAUGGGGGUGGGGGUGGGCAAGGAGACCACCUGUUGCAAUCAGGAGUGUCUGAAUUUUGUGUGGGGGAUCACCCCAGGAAAUCCCAGGGGCCCGGAGUGUCUGAUCUCCAUUGGGGUAGGAUUGGGGGGCUGACCCCCCCUUGAAUUCCUUACCGGGCAAUCUAAAGGGGGCAGGAACAUGGGGGGAACGUGGUUCCUGACCCUCAAAAAACAGGGCCCCCAUUUUAAUUCUUUGUAAAUACAUUUAGACUACCUAGCUGGCAUGGGGGGGGGCACAUUGCUGCCAUUGCCUUCCCGCCCCCUGGCGUGGUACAGCCAGGACUGCGAGCGGCCUUUCGAUACCUUAGUUGAAGCCUUUUUCUGCCGGUGCUUGGAGCUGUUCGUUCUGUUAGGUGUUGGUUGAUGUUCGCCUGCCCGGCCACGUGAGAGCAGAUUUUAACCAGUAUAGAAAAUCUCCGGGGGGGGGACGGUUACAGGGGAUGCUUGAUUGCUCGGGGCUUUUAAUGAAACUUCCUCUAGCGCUGUUUGACUGUGGGGGGGAAGCCUCGGUCUCUCUCAGGUUCCACCCUCCAGCACCAAGGGGCGAAUGACCGAUUGUAAAUACCCCCCCCAUGACUGUUUCUUUUGCGUCUCUCAAGCUUGACUUCCCUGCAUGGAGGGAGAAAUAACUGUACCUUUGUGAGGGAAAUAAAGGUUUUAAUAAUUUUGA